AUGGUCAUUGACAAGCGCCUUCCUAGACUAGACUUGAUACGCAAAGCUCAUCUGGAGCUUUGGAGCUGGGAUGGAAGUACCAAGCUUGACAGCGACACUUGGGAUGUUCAUAUUACAUCAGGACGAGGGCUUAAAGUUUCUUUUGUCAUGAGCACUUACAUACACCUCAGCCACUACAGGUGUAUCCGCUGCAAAGAGAAGCAGGUUGAAAGCGUAAAGCGCCGGACAUAUACCACCUGGCUCACGCCGUUAUCAUUCACACCAGAGUUUACGAUUCCUGUCAGUGACAUCUGUCCUUGGCACAAUAACCAGGGAGUGGUACGUGCUGACUAUGGCGACCAGGACUAUCAUCAAGAUCACUUUAAACAAUUGGAAGGCUACAAUGCGUUCCGUGCUAUGGUAUUUUUGUUAUUUCCGGGAUUAUGGUCCAAGGUUCUUGGCCAACAAGUCUUCAUAGCCGAUGACGAGCGGGACAGCGUGGUUGACGAUCUGAAUACCGCUACAUAUCGACUUGGGGGCAUCAUUAAAGAUGCUACUGAUAGAUAUAUGUUCGAGGUAUACCACGACGCGGAAGUAGCAGGCGUCGUGCUUCCUGACGAUGUCCUCAACUUUCUGAGAGAGCAGAAAGAACAGUCACCAGAAAACGAAGUGAUUGGAAUGGCUAGGAGCAUGAAAUUCGGCCCAACUAGUUGCUUAGCAGACUCGGCAGUGCAAGAAGUAGAGGAUGUUCAGCGUGACGGACGGUCGGGUGAUCACUGA